AUGGUGCCAGUAGCAUAAUUUCUGUCCAAGUUUUCUUAUCUUUCUGCACCUUUUAUUUGGUUCAUUUGCACUUAGCAGCUGAAGAAGAUGAAAAACGAGGUGUUGAUGAUUUCAAAGGAAAGAGGAAGGGUCGAGCUGAUAGCAACAUCAAUAAAGUGAAGAAAACUGUUGCAAAAGCAGAACAGAAUCAGCCAGCUUCUGAUUCUUCAUCAGAAGAUGAUCCUGAAAAGUUGUGGUGCAUCUGUCGAAAACCUCAUAAUGACAGGUUUAUGAUACAGUGUGAUGCAUGUGAAGACUGGUUUCAUGGAUCUUGCGUUAAUGUGACCAGACAACUUGGUCGUCAGCUUGAAAAACUAAAAAAAGAGUGGAAGUGUCCUAAUUGUCAACAGAAAGAGCAAAUGAUAACACUAGAGUCAAAGCCAACCACAGAAAAUUCAUCAACAAGUGCAGUACUGCAGAAAACGGAUGUAUCUGAAAUUAAACAUGUUAAAACCGAAGAAUCGCACAAAAUUAGUUGUAGAAAAGAAACUACCAGUUCAACUGAAGUUAUAUCUGCAAAAUCAGUGCCUUCUAAAGUGAAUGAAACUAAUAAUAAUAAUAAUAAUGCCCUUAUGAAAAAUGAACCUUUAACAAAAAAAUGUGAUCAAACUGAAGAAAGAAAGAAAGCCAACAAACAAGGUGAGAAUUCGUAUCAUAAUGGAGGAAUCCCAAAAGUAAUUAACAAUAUGGAGCAUACUUUGUCGUUUGCUAAAAAGAAACAGUCAUCAGGUUCUACGGAUAAAUUAGAGGGCAAGAAAGACUCAUUAGCAAAAAAUGAAACUUCUUCAAAGUCAGUGGGAAGAAAAUUAAGUGAUAAAAAGAAUUCAAUAAAUCCUGCAAAACAGAAGACUUCAAAAGAUGUAUUGAAGCGUAAGCAACUUUGUGUUUCUUGUCCAAAAAUUGCCUCAGAGAACUCUUGCUAUUGUAGCCCAAAUUGUAUUGAAAAACAUGUAGCAGAUUGCCUAAAAAUUAUGAAAGAAACAAAAGGAGCCCUGAAGGGAGCUGAAUUUGAAUCUCAACGAUUGGUUGUAUUUGACCAUCUUAAAGGCAACGUCAUUGCGAAUGAUAAUGGACCUACAGUUGGUGAAAUUGUAUCCUGGCUUAAAUCUCAUCCCACUUUCAGGAUUGCUUGUGCAAGCCCUGCUUCAAGUAUUAAGAAAUCUAAUUCUCAAAAACAAAGUUCAGACUCCAGUAUAGCAGCUGCAGAAAAAAAAGACUCAAACGAUGAAUCAUCAAAAGCUACUGUGCGAUUUAAUGUUAGGAAAACACUAAAGAAUAUAUUAAUGGAUCGAUGCAAAAAUGCAGAUGAUAUUCAAAUGACUGAAGAUGAAAUACGCAGAAUAGCAGUAAAAAUUGAAGAGGAACUUCAUUCACUUUUUAAAGACAACAGCUUUAAAUACAGGGCAAAAUAUCGAAGUCUUAUGUUUAACAUAAAAGACCCUCGUAAUCAGGGCUUAUUUCGAAAGAUCUUGACAGGUAAUAUACCGCCAGAUCGUCUGGUACGUAUGUCUUCAGAAGAGUUAGCUUCAAUGGAAUUGGCCAAAUGGAGAGAACAAGAGAAUCAACAUUUAUUGGAUAUGAUUAAAAGAGUUCAACUGGAGCAACAAAAAACUGGAAGUGGGCUUUUAUUGAAGAAAACUCACAAAGGGGAAGUUGAAAUAGAAGAUGACUUUACAAAUAUAAUUGAACAAGAUGUUCCGAAACUUUCACAAAAGGGUGUAGCAGAAGAAUUGUCUGAUGGGGAUAAACCAGAGGUUCAAGAUGUUGCUAAAGAUACUACUCAUCUUCACCGUUCACAUUUAUUUGAUUUGAAUUGUAAAAUAUGCACUGGAAAAAUAGUUCCACCUCCGGCAGAAGAAAAUAUGGCUAAGAAAGUUCGAGUGGCUCAUUCAAUAUCAGUGGAUUUAAGCUCACCUACACCAGUGGAUCCUGUAGAAAAGUCUGUAUCUAGGAUAGUUGAUGGUAAAUCACCUGCAUCGAGUACUGGUGAUGAUUCAAUGGAUCAAGAACCAACAUCCACAGUUUCACUAGGAUCACCUGAAAUGAAUCCUAAAUCUAGCUCAAAGGAGAUUCCAUCCAAGCCUGCUACCUCAGUUUGGAAAGGAUUUAUUUCCAUGCAGGAUGUUGCAAAAUUUGUUACAAGUGCUUAUAAAGUAUCAGGGCAAACUGAUCAUCUUCAUGUAGAUAUUCCUGACACAAUUCAAGUAUGUGGACGAAUUAUUCCUGAUCAAGUCUGGGAUUAUUUAAGUAAAAUCAAGCAGUCUGGGAAUAAGGAGUUAAUAAUUGUCCGUUUUCAAGCUGCUAAUGAAGAAGAAGCAGUCACAUACAACUCUUUUUAUUCAUAUUUGAGCAGUAGGAAACGAUAUGGUGUUGUCUCCAAUUAUUCAAAGAAAAUUAAGGACUUUUAUAUCUUACCACUAGCUGCAACAAGCCCUGUACCAAUUGUUUUGAUGCCUUUUGAUGGCCCAGGUUUGCCUACUCCUAGGCCUCAUUUGUUACUGGGUGUUAUUGUUCGACAUAAGAUCAGACAAGUAUCGCCUACUCGUAUUUCAAAACAGAAUGUAUCUGAAGGUGAUCAGAAAGUUGUCGAUGGUUCUUACACACCUCCUCUUGAAACCCGAUCUUACACACCUCCUCUGCCAGUAUCAGUGGAUAAUGAAGGUGACAUUGUCUGUGAUAGUUUCUAUAGCCCAACUGCUGAUUUAAAAAUCAUUGUUUCAAAUAAAGAAUCGGAUUUAACUCGGUCAGCAUCAUCUAGUACACGGAAACUCAAAAGGAAAUCAGAAACUCCUUAUGAACCUUCAUAUAUUCCACCAGUUAAGAAAUUACCUGAGGUAGAAAUUUCACCUAGUGACAAAGAUGAUGAUAAACCAUAUGAUCCU